AUGGGAGUUAUCUCUUACAUAAUAAGUAGGCCUAGGCUGUGCAAUAUGCAAUCAUGUGUACCAAUGUACCACGGUUCUAUUUGGGAUUAUAAACUGGGUGGUUUGAGCCCUGAAUGCAGAUUGGCUGAAAGCCUUGGUAUAUCAGACCAUAUACCAUGGGUAUGACAAAAAAUCACUUUCUACUGUUUUAAUGAAGUUAGUAACCAGUUUAUAAUAGCAAUAAGCCACCUCGGGGGUGUGUGGUAUAGGCUAUAUAUGGCCAAUAUACAAUGGCUAAUGGCUAUAUCCAGGCACUCAAAAUUGCGUCGAGUGCAAGAACAGCACUUAGCCGUUGUAUAUUGGCCAUAUACCACAUCACCUCGGACAUUAUUGCUUAAACAGAACUGCUGCACCUGUAGUGCGCUGCGAUGCGUGCAGAACUCUGAGAGGGUGAUGCUAAUGAUCACAGGUGUCGCUCUUUGAGGUGGCAGGGCAGAGUUUUCUCAUGAUGACAACUUUCUCCGUUUUUGAUGACAACUGUUUUAUCCAAAUAUGCAAUGUCCCAAAGCGUAAACGGGAAAGUCGACGAAGGCAUUUUUGUAGGCAAGCCUUGGCCACUUGCCGAAGUAGUCCACUGGAAUAAUUCCUUGCGCCCGAUGCUGAACGCCAAACGCGAGGCUUUAUCACGUCCACGUCAACUGCCGCUGAGGUCACAUUGCCUGCUGUAAACUCGCUACCUCCUUGUCUUUUCUCUGGCGGUUCAAGGAAGCAACUUGAAAGACUUCACCACAUUGACCAAAGUGAAAUUGCGCACAGGUAACAGGGAGGCUGUAUACAUUACGACUGGAAACAGCGACUGUGGGUCACAGAAGGCGCAUGCUGAACUAUGGAGAUGUAUACUUCGCGGAAACUUGCCACCUUGCUGUCAAUUGCAUUUGUCUUGUUUUUUACAGGUGUGCUGGCCCAGAUCCAGACGCCCCAGAGGAUCAUGGAGGUGAUUGAAGGUCAGAAGGUGGUGCUGCAGGCCUGGUACAGUCCCAGCUUCAGCAUUAGCAAGAACACCGUCCUCUGGAACUUUGUAGCCAAUAACUCCCUACUGAUAAUCUCCUACACCCCAGACUCGAUCAGUUUAGGCAGCCCGCAGUUUGGGGAGCGCGUAGGCUUCACAGCAACCAUGCCCUCGGCCAACCUGUCUCUGUACAUCAACAACACGCAGGAGUCGGACUCAGGACGCUACUUCUGCCAGGUCAUCAUCCCCGGGGCCCAUGGCCUGACCGGAGAACUUACCCUCAACGUCAUUGUCCCUCCUGCUGUCCCAGAGUGCUCUCUGUCGGGGAAGCCAGUUCUGAAAGGCAACGUCACGCUGAGCUGCAAGUCCAAGUCAGGCAAGCCCAUCCCCAUGUACAAGUGGCAUAAGACCAGCCCCACGUCUGAAGUCUUCUUCUCUCCCAUGCUCAAUGAGAAGACAGGCACCCUGAAGCUGAGCAACCUGAGCAGCAACAUGUCGGGGAAGUACAUGUGUUCGGCCAGCAACACGGCCGGCACAGAGCGAUGCUACAUCAACCUGGAGGUCAUCACCUCGACCAACGCGGGGAUGAUUGCUGGGGCCACGGUGGGCUCUGUGCUGGGCUUAAUCUUCAUCAUCCUCUUCCUCGUUUGUCUUCUGAGGAGAAGAAGAGACUCUGAGGAUGACCUGGCCAAUGACAUCAAGGAGGACGCUCAGGCGCCCAGCCGCGUCUCGUGGGCAAAAAGCGGCGGCUCUGGCUCGGACGUAGUCUCCAAAAGCGGCACACUCUCCUCCAUCACCACCACCAACAGGCCCCACCAGAGGGAGCCCCCAUCCCAGCACCACCUCCAGCAGUAUCCCCAGCACCCUCCCUCCGACACCGCCUCCAUCAUCACUGCCACAGGCAGCGUCUCUGGCUACCGCCUCGGGACGCGUCAUGGAGCCUCCACACCCACCCAUGGCCACGCCCUGCCAGGCUACGGCUUCAACACUACUACAAUCCUGCCCCGCGGUCAACCGGCUAAUUCUGCAGCACCCAGUGCCAAUGGUAGCCCCAGAACACAGCACCCACAGACCUAUACCCAGCCCCAGGCAGUGCCUCCGGCCCCGCGCCCGCCACCUCUGCCCACUGCCGUGACCGCGUCCAACAUCUCCCGCAUGGGAGGGGUUCCCAUCAUGGUGCCAGCUCAGAACCAGGCCGGCUCGCUGGUGUAGCACCAGUCUGUCAUGUUGCAGUGUCCCUUUACCCUUCAACUGUACUUACUCACAUAUAUUUUAAAAAGGAAAAAGAGCAUUAACACUUGAAUUGGCCUUCGAAGGUGGAGCAUUUGACCCGCUCAAAAUGCAGUGAGAUCAUUGGUAAGACCUUAAAAGAGACUGACUGAGUUGCUACACAAGGCAAUUUUAUUUAAUAAAGUAUACGGAAGUACAUUUUAUUUAAAUGAUUUUUAUACUCAUUAUGUAUACAAAAUAUGUAUCUGGAUUUCAUACAUUUGUGCGGUAUUUAGUUUUUUUUCUAUUGUACAUUCAAUCAGUGUAUUUUUUACUUCGUUUUCCAAUGCAACUAUUUUCAAGUCAUCGGUUUUUCUCUGACAAGAUUGUAUUCACUCGAUCUACCACGUCCUAUCAAGGCCAUUGUAUGAUGUCACUUUGAAAACGGGGACUUGACAAGAUCUCAUGACGCAUGGCACACACUGAUGUGCAGCAAGAACAGUUAAUGCGUAGAUCCCCCGAUUUACUUCUUUGUGCAUUCCUGCAGAUAGAUAUGACAACUAGAUUAUGAAGGACCAAAUUAGUUUGAAGAACAGCAUGUUAUUCAUUUUAUUCUAUCUAUUUUAACUUCUCAAAUGAGUAUAUUAGUGUAAAAAUAUGGUGGACUACUGCUGAAUACCUGCCUAGCAUCAUGCAGUUAAGAGAAUAAAAUAACAGGGCAUACUAGAUUGAACAUUUGCUACUACAUUUUCUAAAUGUAAAGUACACUUUUUGCCUUUUCAUGUUCCUUGUAUCAAACUUCAUGCCAAUUCUCUUUAGACACAGCGCUUAAAACGUAGCUAUUUUACCGCAUAGGAAUAUCUUCUCAUAUAUUAUAUAAAAUACAAUUUGACACAUUUUGUCAAUUUCAUGGAAUUUAGCGGGUAAGAAAGUGGUUAUAUGGUUACACAAUUGAGCUGUAAUGAUUUUGGGUCACUCUCUGCAAGGAAAUUGUAAAUAAUAUAUUUAUUUUGCUUUCAAUUGUAUUUGAGGCUAUUCGUUGACACUUGUGACUGACUGGAUACAAAAGCAAAGAGUUUCUACUUGUCAACAUCCCAAGCUGACGACAAGUGUAUUGAUGGAUAUAGACCCAAAAGGCGUCAAAUCAAAUGAGUAAGAUGAGGCACUUGUUUGAAACAAGGCAUAAAAGAGAGUACUUAGGGGAGUGGGGUAAAUUGAGCAGUUUGUUUACAUUCAGAACCACUCCGUCAACGGAAAUAUGGUAUUCUUUCUAACAAAGAUGUCUACAUAUACAGUGAGGGAAAAAAGUAUUUGAUCCCCUGCUGAUUUUGUA